AUGCCGGUGAAAGCACAUGGGAAUCAUAACUCCGAGGGGGUCCUCGAGAAACAAUUGCAUGAGAACUUACUAGUUUCGUUGAACUAUUUGGACCUGGAAACCGAUGGAUCUCAAAUUUGCGAGUUAACAUUCAAAAACACAUCGAAGAAGGAUAUCACGGUCAAUCCAACAGACGCAACCAGCAACAAGUCCAAUGAAGAAGGAAGCUGGCUACCGAGUUUUCUUAAGUCUUCACCAAGUGCAGAGGAUGAACUGGCGAAGCUAACACAUCUGAAAGAAGAUGAGCUGAUAACCUUGUUUUUGGGCCACGUUCAAUUGUUUGGUUACAUUGUUCUAAACUACAAAUUUCCAAUAGAUACAAGCUCACUAGACAUGAAUCGGCAUCAACAAUGGUGGAACAAUGUGGAGUACCUCAAUCAGUAUUGGCAUGACGAUGGAGAUAAUGAAGGAGACGCGAAAGAUCCGCAUGUGAUUGUUGAAAACACCCCUUUCAUUGCCGAGCACUUGAAGACGAAAUUGACAGUUGGUGGAUACUUGGGCGGUGUCAAGGAUUUAAUUGUUGGCGGGAAUGACUCAAAACCCAUUGAAGUGAACCCAACUUUGCUUCAUGAUUUGAUCAACGUCUACAACUCCUAUCCCAGGACAGACUCGACUCUUCCAUUGAACCACUUGACUGAUUCAAUUGUGCCAAUAUAUACGACCCCGCAAUCACUCUUAUUUCUAGACUUGAGCAUACCAAAGUACGCGUCAAAGUCGUUCAAGUUUAGAUUACCAGUAAAUGAGAAUCUACCACCAAGCUACAAUACGAGACUGACGGGUCCAGCAUGUGAUCAAGGGUGGAUAAGCAUACGGUAUGCUCUUGCAAUCAGCUUACAAGAAGGAAGUAUAGUUGAACCUCCAAAGACAAUUUAUUAUCCAAUUACCGUUCUACCACACAGAUAUGUUUCAAACAAGGUCUUACAAAGACUUUAUUUUGAAGAGCCAUUGGGGUUGGACAAAACCUGGACUAUCAAAAGUGUUGACAAGACUGUUGAAACCUCACCCGUGGAGAACGGCACAUCGGCCAAAGCCGAUUUCUUGAAAGAUCUUUCGGAUUUGAUUGAUUCAGAUGUCUAUAAUAUGCCCAAGAUUUCGACAACAGAGCGAAGGAAGAGCAGUAUCAAAACUUCACUGGCAGAGAUUUCCAACGAGCGGCUAUACACCGCGCAACUUCCUUCUAACUUGAAAACCCUGUACCAGUUGAAAGUCAAUGAGGAAGAGGUGUGUAAAAUUUCUGUAUCCAAACCUUAUUAUCAUGUUGGUGAAGACAUUCAUUUUAAAAUUGAAAUGAAUCUGAGAGAACACGAGCUGCAAAUUAUUGGACUCAUUGCAUAUUUGGAAGCUCAUGAAACGUAUCAUUUGAAGGAUGGGGAUAAGCAUGAAAUAAACAAGUACGAAGUAUCAGGAAACAUAAAAGUUAAUACAUUGGCCACAACUUUGACCAAUGCUGGAGAUUCGAAAAACACAAUUACUGAGUUUGUCAAUAUACCCAAGUACUUAACACCACAGUUUGAGAGUAGAUCGUUUAUGAAUUUGACCUACUGGUUGAAUUUUCAAUUCAAUUUUGCCAAGGUUGCUGAGGAAGAUAUUGGCGCACCGGAUCUUGUAUUCAAAUCCAACACAUUUUUACGAUCCGAUGGGGUUGGAAGUACUCAACACUUUAAGGUACCCAUUCAAAUUAUAAACUCUGUUACUGAGUGA